AGUGAGUGACGCAGUUGUUCAUAUAACAGGGAGGAAACAGUUAUUUUUGUUGUUGUUGUAUUAUUCUUACAGAGAAACAUGAUGUGGAAGAUUGUCCUCCUGGUUUUUGCGGCGGUUCUUGCCGUCGCCUCGACAGGUAUGGUCGGAGGAUUUCAAAACGUUGAUGUGAAUGACGAAGGGGUCCAAAACGCCAUCAAUGUGUCCGUCGUCCACCACAACAAAGGCACCAACGACAUGUACCUGCGUCAGGUGGAGGAGGUGGUCAGCGCCGAGAGACAGGUGGUUGCUGGCAUGAAGUACCGCAUAACUUUGAGGCUGGCGAAGUCCACCUGCAGAAAGGACCGUGCAAAUGACGAGUGUGCCAUCCACACAGACCCAAAAAAGGCUCAGCCUUACGAGUGCGUGUUUACAGUGUGGAGCCGCGUAUGGUUGAAGGAAAUCAAGGUGACGCACGAGAGAUGCGAGUAAGAGAACUACGCGGGAAAUCUUCAGUAUUGGCAUCGUUUGCAGAAUAACCUUCAUACAGACCAACAUGUAUUUUCCUGUAGAUGAAACACAAAAGUAUUAACAUUUCCAUUUUCUGCCUAUGCUAUUUCACUUUAUCCUAGAUUGAAUAACCUUUGAAAAUCACAGUGUUUCCAAGUAACCUAUACAGUAUGGCAAUGUAGAGGUAUAUUACUUUUAGAGGAGCAACUUUGUAGUCACUAAACUGAGCAAGUGGACUGAACUGUUGAUUAUGCUACUAAAAAGCACAUGCUGUUUUCAAACUAAAUGCAAAUUAAAGUAGCAUGUGAACUAAA